CAUUUUUCUGUAACACAGAAUAGCAGCACUGCAAGUAAUGUUGUUAUUGGUCCAUCUUAUGACGCUUUUAAGAAACAUGUUGAGAAAACGAAGAAAAUAAACCACAAAAACCCUCAGCGAGUUGGCGCAAACUUUGACCGAAAAAGAGAGACCAGUGAUGAUUGGUUGCCUUCGUUUGGCAGGGUUUGGAAUCAUGGCCCGCGCUGGCAGUCGAGACACGAUUUUCGAUGGGAGAACAAAAAGGCAAAGAAGAAAUAAUGAAAUAUCACGAUUUGAAUAAAUCACUUGGAAGGGAA